AUGACCACCAGCUGGCUUCCCCCUUACGAAGAAGGCCUUCUUCCCUUCUUCCUCCUCUACAGCACCGUCGCAACCCUGAUCCACAGUCUAACCACCUAUGUUCGUCCUAUCCCCUCCAUCAAAGCCUUUUCCGGCCCCUCUGCACCGCCCAAGGCCCCGCUCUUGGCUCACGUCUACGGCCUCCUCAAUUUCCUGGCCGCCUGCACCCGAUUCGGCCGCGUAUCACAUCCAAAAUGA